UGCUGCUGGGAGCCUGUGGCCCGUCACCACGAAGCGCAUUCUGAGUAAAGGGCUCAGAUUUUAUUUUUGGACUGUUAUGGAGCCUGUCUCUUCCAUUUGUAGGAAGGGGGUAGAGUUGAGCCUGACAUGAGUCGCCUGCUCUGACACACCAGGCUGGGACAAGCAGGCGCAACCGGCAGCCCCGCGAGCAGCAGUCUCACUCACAGGAGACUAAAGACUAAAGUGUCUAAAGUGUGCCAUCUGUCAUCUUAUACAAUCAUCAUCUGGUCGGUGGUGCCGCAUGAAAGCCCCACCCUGGACAGGAUCGCUGGAGUGUUGACUUACAGGACAGUGAAAGUGAUGCAGAGUGGACAGGAGCCGAGCGCCAUGACAGGGAGAGAGUGAGAGACCGGCUCCUCUUCUCCUUCUGGUGUUCCACCUAAAAUUAGGCCCAGGGAACCAGCAGCCUCAGCCUCCAGACUCGAACCAAAGACACGGGGGCUGAUUUCCUCAGAGCUAUGAGUUAUGGGGCUGUUUUCAGUCCGGGCCUGCUGUCCCAGCAGUACCCCCCACCCCUGCUGCCCAAACCUGGCAAGGACAAUGCCCGCCUUCAGAAACUACUUAAGAAGAGCGCCAAGAAGAAGGCCGCCCAACAAUCCCAACAGAUACCCCUCCCUUUCCGCUCGAGCUUGUCCCCUGUAAACGAGGCCAGUCCCGACCUGGAACGCAGCGACCACUCCACCCCUCCCAGGACGCCCGAGACGCCGACGUACGCAACUCUGCACCCCCGAUUCAGCGUCAGACCCCUCUACCAGCAUGUGGCCUCUCCGUACCCUCACCAUCGAGGUUUUACGUACGGCAAGACCGCCAGGUUCUCCCCUCAGCCGUAUGGAGCUCCGAGCCAACCUGCCGCUCGUGCCGUAACCCCACGUAUCACGUACACGCCCCCACUGCGGCCUGCAGGGGUAUCCCCGGGCCCAGGUAGCUAUGCUGGGGCACACCCGUUGCACGGGGGUACCCCUCCCUCUCCCGUGUCUCCUGUCACACCUGUCCCUGCCUUUGUACCUGCACCUGAGAUUUCAAGAGUCCCUGCUACAAAGCCAGCUUCAGAAGCACCUCCAGUGCCAGUACCUGUGAUUUCAACUGUGUCUUUAGCCCCUGCACCUGCACCUGCUCCUGCCCCUGCACCUGCACCUGCUCCUGCCCCUGCCCCUGCUAAGACUGUUGCCCCAAUUAAAUACCUUACACCUAUCACUUUGGUAACCCACAAAGCACCGAGUCCAAAGUUUAAUGCUUAUGAUGUCAUUAGGACCUCCUCCAGACCGAUGUUUGAAGUUCCCCAAAUCACAGUAUAUACUGCGAAGACGUCAUAUUAUGAGACAACAACAGCACCACUGCAUGAAACAACAGAAGGUAGAUUGUCUUAUUAUAGGCGAUCGCCAUCACCAAGACCCAGGAGUAGAACACCAACACCUGAGCCGAGAAGAGGAACAUCUCCUAUGAGACUUUUAAAACCAGCAUCUAAUGGUAGAAGAGGAACAACUCCAACCUCUGAAAUUAGGGGUAGAAUAACGCCAACUCCCGAAGUCAAAAGAGCGAUAACCCCAACUUCUGAGAUGAGGGGUAGAACCACUCCCAUUUCUGAAGUCAAAAGAGGGACAACUCCAACUUCUGAGAUGAGGGGUAGAACCACUCCCAUUACUGAAGUCAAAAGAGGGACAACUCCAACUUCUGAAAUGAGGGGCAGAGCAACACCAACUUCUGAAACUCGGGGAAGAACAAUGCCAAUUUCUGAAGUCAAAAGAGGGACAACUCCAACUUCUGAAAUGCGAGGCAGAGCAACACCAACAUCAGAUGUCAAAAAAGGUACAACUCCAAAAAGAGGUUCAACUCCUACAACUGAAAUCAAAAGAGUUACAACACCAACAGUAGAGAUAACUGUAUCAAAAACUCCCACUGGGCGACCAAAGACCCCUUCGCAUCAUGUGCGUGCCAAGACACCUGUAUUUGAAAUAUCAAGACCUAAUCCGCUUUUAUUUGCUGUCUCCCCAGAAUACGAGGGAAGGCGAUCUAAAACACCAACUUUACUCUCUGUAUCUGGAGAGUUAAGCCAGAAACCAUUAGAGACUGAACCGCCCAAAGUAAGUAUUCCAAAUGGUGAUGUUGAACUGAAAUCCUUGGGAACCUCCACAGCUAAAACAUUUACUGAAGUCUUGCCAAAACCUGAGACCCAAGAAUCAAUACCAAAGACGAGUGUCAUAGAACUUUUGGUGCCACCGCCUUCAACAGCAACACUUCAACCUGCAAUCACUGUGAGUUCAGCUGCCACUCAGAGACCUAAGACUCCCACUCAAGAAGUUUCCAAACCUGUCACACCAAAGACUGAAUAUCAGCAACCAAAAGUUGCUGCUAAGACUUCAACACCUUCAGCAGGGUCUACAAAAACAAAGUCAGCCCAAAGCCACGCCCAGACCUUGAAACCAAUAAUAGGAGUAAGGCCCAAGACCCCAACACACGGUGGUGCAAGAGGCACACCUAAAACAUAUUAUGGCUUAACUCCGGCAGCCUACGUUGCUCAUGGGGGCAUACAAACAUUGGCACCCUCAUACAGUAUGUCUAGACCUAAAACACCAACUGCAGAGUCACCGAAACCUGAAGAGCAGAAAGGACCUGAGAAGCAAGUGUCCUCACAAGAACCACCAAAAGUGGAGGUACCCAGUGAACAGCAAGUGAAAACUACUGUAGCUGAGGCACCAACCCAAAAGAGUACAGAAACUAAGGCCUCUUUGGGUGCAGAAGCACCAAGAGUGGAGGUACCCAGUGAACAGCAAGUGAAAACUACUGUAGCUGAGGCACCAACCCAAAAGAAUACAGAAACUAAGGCCUUUGUGGGUACAAAGCCUCAAGAGGCCAAGAAAUCACCUGCAUUACUGCCUAAGACUAAACCAGUGCCUGUGGUUGAGAGGGCUAAACCACAGGCUACUGAAGCAAAACAAGCCAAGAGCCCAGCAACUUCAACUGUGCCUAAAGCCUCUGUAACAGAGACACCAAAAGGCAAAGCUGCAAUUGCUGUGCCGCCUAAACCAAAGACUCCAACCCCAGGGGUUAAGAUCCCUCCCGCGCAAAAACAAAUUGCAGCUCAAUCUACAAAGUCAAAGACCUCUGAGAAAGACUCAGAUGAACCAAAGAAACAAGAUGUUAAAAGCAAGAUUCUUAAGGAGCAAAGUAAAGUGUCUACAAAACCAGCCGUGCCAAAAGACUCUGCUUUAGGGACCUUAACUGUUAAAGCAUCAGGGACACAAUCGAUCAGUUCCAUCCUUAGUCCCAAACCCAAAAUCAGUGAGCCACCUAAAGCAGAUAAGUGUGGGGCCCAGCCUGUGACAAAACCAAAGGAAAAGCCGGCUGAUGAAGAAAAAAACAUUAAAGAAGUAAAAACUGAAUCAAAGGCUGGUGAACCAACACUAACAAAAACUAGUGAGGAAAAGAUGGAGAAAGAAAGCGCCUUCCCGAAAGCAGAGCCUCUCCUGAAAGUAGUCAAGAAACCUAAAGGGAUGAUGAAAUCGAAGCUCAGUGGAUGGUCACGCCUCAAGAAGCACAUGGUGGUGGAGGUGGAGGAACCCAAGUUCCCUGAGCAACCACCAGCUUCUGCCACAGAGCCUAAGAAAGAAAUACCCAAUGGGGAACUGCCCAAGCUGAUCAUGAAGAAAAAAGACGAGGACGAAGCCUCGUCAUCUAGCCAGCCGUCAGAGGGCAAAGACUCCCCGCGAGCUACCAAGAUGUGGGAUGCCGUCCUCUUCCAGAUGUUCUCCACCAAAGAGAACAUCAUGCAACAGAUCAUGGCCGACAAAAGCGAGGAGGAGAAGAAGGAGCUGGAGAAGCAAGUGGCGACUAAACCCGAGGAGAUCCCUGCCUUCGCACAUCGCCUGCCAGUCCUCCUAUUCAGUCCUCGUUUCGAUGCUAAAAGGCUGAGAGAAGCAGCAUCCCGACCAGUGACUAAGAUGUCCACCGUGUUUGAAAUGGCCCUCAUAGGCCGCCAUGUGAAGGAUGAGGAACCAAAACAAUUCAACAGAACAGCAAAAGGAUUCAAUGCAUCAAACCCCACUGAAGCUUAAUUGAUAUGGGUACCGGUAAUCUGUUUCCUUUCUCUUGUUAAAUAAAUAGUGUACAGUUCUAAUAAUUAAUCAAACAAGCUCUGAAUCUUUCAUGGUAAUAAAAUAUUUAUAUUUCAACGUCCA